CCGGGUCGCAACGACGUGCUUCUGUCGGUCAGUAAAACGUAGUAUUUGCAGCUGUUUCGACGUGCUUUGGCUGCUCGUUCUCGCUUGUGUGUAGUUUGCGUCUUGUCCGUACGUGUUCAGUUUCGUUGUUUUUUGAAAAACCUCCUGUGAAUUCUCGUGGUGCUGUAAUUUAAAGCUACGACCAUCAUGUCAACAACCGGAGAAGUUUUCAUCGUAUCGGCCGCCAGAACCCCGAUCGGCAACUUCCUGGGGACACUCGCGUCCCUAAGCGCCGCCGAGUUGGGUGCCGUUGUGGUAAAGGAAGUGCUGCUGCGCGCUUCGGUUGAUCCGGCCGACGUGAAUGAGGUCAUUCUUGGGCAGGCUUUGACGGCCGGCCAAGGGCAGAAUCCCGCCCGACAGGCCUCGUUAAAAGCCGGCGUCCCGAAGGAGGUUCCAGCGUUCAACAUCAAUAUGCUGUGCGGAUCGGGCCUCAAAACGGUCGCGCUCGGUUACCAGUCGAUCCGCCUCGGUGACGCGAGCAUCGUUGUGGCCGGCGGACAGGAGUCGAUGUCAAAAUCGCCGCACGUGCUGCACCUUCGCGCCGGCACCAAGAUGGGCGAGGCGAAGAUGCUCGACACGUUGCUGCACGACGGUCUGACGGACGCGUUCUACGAUCUGCACAUGGGCGUCACGGCAGAAAAUCUAGCCAAAGAGUAUGCCAUCAGCCGUGAGGCACAGGACGCUUUCGCCGCCAAGAGUCAGCAGCUGGCCAAAGAGUCCCAGGAGAAGGGCUACUUUAAGGACGAAAUUGUGACCGUACCGGUACCGGGGCAUAAGGAAACGGUCCAGUUCUCGGUUGACGAGUACACAAAACCGGGCACUACGGCAGAAUCUCUCAGCAAGCUUCGUCCGUGCUUCAUUAAAGACGGCACGGUUACACCGGGCAAUGCGUCCGGUAUUAACGACUCUGCGGCCGCCGUGUUGCUCAUGUCCGGCGAGGAGGUGCAGAAACGUGGUGCUAAGCCGCUGGCGAAGGUUGUUGCUUAUGCGCAGACCGGAUUAUGCCCCAAGACGAUGGGCGCCGGUCCGAUCUCGGCGGUUCAAGUCGUGCUCCAAAAAGCUGGAUGGAAGCUGGAAGAGGUCGAUCUUUUUGAACUAAACGAAGCGUUCGCCGCUCAGGCAAUCGCCGUGAACAAAGGCCUUGGAGUCGAUCCGGCGAAAGUUAACGUCGGUGGAGGAGCGAUCGCACUGGGCCACCCGAUCGGAGCUUCCGGAUGCCGCGUUCUGGUGACUCUCCUAUACGCCCUCAAGCGUACAGGAGGCAAACGGGGUGUUGCAUCCCUGUGUGUUGGCGGUGGAAUGGGUGUGGCUAUGGCGGUUGAAAUGGUGUGAGGUGCUGGUGCCUUUCUUACUCGAACUAUUAUCUUAUUACGUUACGAUUAUUUUUAUCCAUACGCUUCCACGCAAGUUCGCUCGGUGUAAACGCUCGUAUUUUUACGGCAAGUAUUGCUGUUGGUUGCAUUUUAAAUGCAACACUUAAAUCGUCUACACUGGCGAGAACGGACAUUUCGAUGCAUUCUAUCCAUAACUUUUAUUACGAACAAAGUUGUAGACAAUAAAACUGAAUCGCUACAUUACGCCGU